UAGAUCUUCCGCACAGACCUAGAACCUGCGCAUCUCUUUUGAGAGGGAUUACAUUGCCCACAAGAACUGACAAAAUGGCAUUAGCACACCAACUAAGAGAGAGUGGACCACUUAAGGAGCCAGAGCCAAACAAACUCCCACCUCAGCGACCACCACCUCAAGGGGGCCCAGUGCAACCCCAAGGAACGCAAUCACAAAGCCAGGAGCCAUUGCAACCACAGCGCAUGUUCCCCUCGGGGCAGUCAGCAAAGCCCUCAACUUCCCAGCCACAGCGUCCACCUGGACCUACAACUCAGCAACCCCGUGCCAAGGCUCCAGGUCCUUCCAGUGUCGGGUUAUCAAUGGAAAAGGAACCACAGCCACAGCCUGCUCCACAGCAGAAGCCUCAGUCUCAUCCACAACUUAACAAGUCACAGUCUUUGACAAAUGCCUUCAGUUUCACAGAAUCAUCCUUCUUUCGAUCAUCUGUGAAUGAGGAUGAAGCAAAAGCUGAAACUAUCCGAAACUUGAGGAAAUCCUUUGCUAGCCUUUUUUCUGAUUAGCCAGUUUCAUCCAGGUGCAUAUAGUCUAGAAUUUAGUGAAUAUUAGUGUUUUCCCCCUGUGAGCCAUCUUCCUUUCAACUGUUUCAAGUGUGUUAUUAAGCAAUAUGUUAAACUUCUGAAAAAAGGACUAUGAUGAGAUGAAAUUCAGGUACACUGUAUAAAAUCUAUAUAAAUGAUAGAAAGUUAUAUUAUUACAGAACGCUUAAUUUUAAGGUCCUUGUCAAUUGUAAUAUUGUGGCCUUAUUGUGACUGCACUAUAUAUCACGCUAUUGAACUUUUCUGUGUAGAACUGUAGUAAUAGAGCACGGUGUCAAGGGAGUUCUCCCUGCUUUACUCAUCUCCGGUGCACUGCAAUGCAUGUUUAUUUUGUGUGUAAACGUUUUAUACUGCCAGGGUAUAGUUUUAACCUAAUUUGUUCUUGCCUCACAUCCUUGAGAGGCAAUUCAUACUGGUACUUCCUGUUCUGCCACUUUAAUAUUGUGAGAGACUAGAGCAGUUUUCUCCUCUUUUGACAAUCCUUCCAUCUCCAGUGACUAUAGACUUCUGCUUGUGUUGCUGAGAGUUGUCCCUAUGCUAAAAGAAUGUCAUAAACAAAGUAUGUGUAUGUACUAUUGUAUCCUCACAUAUGUCUACUGAGCAUUUAUUUCCAACUUGUAACAAGUGAUCGGAGUUGUAAAGUAACAUGCAUGAUCUAUACUAUUAACCCUAUUUUUGUGUAUAUCUUCUAAU